AUGAAGAAGAAGUUCCGAAGCAGCCGUUUUUCAGCACCGGAGUUGGAUCCAUGGCGCGCGUGUCGAUGUUCCGAAGCUUUGGAACAACGACAAGAGGAGUUGCGGCAAGAACAAGUGACUGCGGUGGAGCAACUGCAACAAAGCCUGGAGGAACAAGUUGCCAACUUGCUCUCGCUGAAUGAAGAUCUCAAGACAGCAGACAUGGCACAGGUGGAACAGUUAACCACCAUCUUCCGGUGCAUCGAUGACGUCAAAAUGGAACUUGAUCUGCGGGCGCGAGGUGUCUGGGUUGAGCGCUUGGACACGGAGCAGACCGACCUGAAGAAGCAACUGGAGCAGGAGACUCAACGUCUGUCCGAUGCCUUGCAGAAGAUCUGGCCGUCCUUGGAACGAUCUGAUGAGAAGGAGCGGAAACUGGAGGCAUGGAGUCAGCAAGCAGCAAAGCAACUGCAGGCUGUAAGGGUGGCCAACGGCGAACUGAUCGACGACUUCCAGAAGGUUGCAAAGAAGGCGAAAGAGGAUCAGGUGUCCUACAGUCAAAGACACCAGGCGUUGACUGCAGACCAUGAGCAGAUCCGAGCCAGCCUGGAAUUCAAGGAGCUGUCGCAUGCGGAGCACAUGGCGAUGGUCGAGGAGCGUCUUGAGACGUUGGAAAUGGAUCUGGCCCGUGAGACGCAUCGGAUCGAGGACAAGGCGGAAGAACAACUCCAAUUCCUCGCGGGAAAAAUGCGUGCCAUGGAGGAGAAUGCCAAAGACCGAGAGCAAGCGGUGCUCUUUGGAGCAAGGUGCUUGUCUUGCAAUCGCGCCUAUGAAGACACGCUGAAGACUUCAGGUGCAGUGAAUCUACCAGGAGAGAAGCGCAAAGCACAGGUCUUUGCGGAGAUUCAACGAGCGCUCCACAGCCCCAGGCGAUGGCACCGGCGAAAAAAAUAG